AUGAGCGCCAAGUACAGUGCCCAGUUCGCCGAAGUGCGCAAACUGAUCAAGGCGAAGGGGCUAUUCACAGACGCAGCUGUCGAUUCACACUCCAUGGAAUACUACAACCAUCUAGGGCUCAACGAAUUCUACUUCCAAACGGCCAAUCCAGCGGCUAUUGCCGACAAUCUGCUGGCAGUGAUCGCGGCAAGGGCCCUCCACUCCGCCUCGGGAGCCGAUUACUUCCCCGAAAUUCGUCAGGUUGACGAAAAGACUGGAGACGUGUUCGCUCUGGCCAGAGCCUCCCUCACAAACCGAAAGGCGUCGCAAAACUACAAAGUGGAGCAGCAAUUCGAACUCGAAUUCUUAGACAUGGGACUCUCCAGCAACAAGCAGCAGAUGCGUAUGCAAUGCUAUCGGUCAACCGGAAGCGUCUUUGGGAUCGACGGAGACACCGAAAGACUCAGAACCUACUUCUUCCAAAAACCAAAAUUUCCUCUCAAACCUGAAGAACUGUCACCCAACGAAAAGGAUCUCUCCAAGCUGCUUGAUGUCGACUUCUACGCCAGCAAAAAGAGGACCGUCACGGCCAGCAUCUUUGAAAAACUCAACUCACAGGUCGUUGACGACUCGACAGGAUUAGCGCUCUUUGUGAAUGUGGUUCCUCGCGGCACUGGUCACCGAAUCGACUUGGCCUUCCGCCGAGGUCCCCACACGGAAGACUUCUUUUCAAGACUUGGAGACUGUGUGACGAUGUGGGGGUUCUACAGCCAGAGGAAGUAUGUGGAGCCCCUCGCCAACGGUGCCACAGUUAUCACGAGCUUUAUUGAAACGCUUCCUGUCAAAGAACUGGUCGAUCCGGACAUGGCCGAAGAGGACAGGAUCGACCACCUCUUGACAGCUCUGAGGAUGCAGUUUGCGAUGCCGAAGAGCAAGUUCGCUGAUUUCGCGCGGGACCGCUUGCUGACGGUGCAUGAGGCUGCUUACGCGAUGAGCGCGUGCCAGUUUGCGCUGCACUUCUCCGGGACAGUUGGGCACAGCUUUCCGAGGCUUGAAAAGCUUGUCAAGCAGUUUGGAGGAAAGAAUCUGACUAUGCAAGAAGUGUACGAGCUACGAACGCGGCUGAAGACGUGCCCCUUCUCCGAGGAGAUGAUCUUCAAGGUUGUAGAGGACAAUCCGGAGAUCGUGAAGCUUCUAUAUAAGGAGUUCGAGUCGUUGCACAACCCCAGAAUGAAGCGGGGCGUGUUUUCGGAGGAGUGCGAGCUAAAAGAGAAGAUCCUGCGCCUCGAUUCUUCCGAGGCAGUGCCAGUGUUCCUGAAAUUCCGCCUCUUCAAUCAGCAUAUUCUGCGGACGAACUUCUGGAUGAACUCUAAGUGCGGCUUCGCAUUUCGCUUUUCUGGGGCGUUCCUUCCAGCCUCUGACUUCCCAGUCCUGCCGUACAGCGUCUUCUUCCAAGUGGCCAGCAAGAGCGUUGGAUUUCACGUGCGAUUCGCGGACGUAGCGAGAGGCGGCGUUAGGGUGGUGCAGUCGGUGGGCACCGUCGCUUACGAGCGAAACAAGCGCACCGUUCUCGAUGAAGUCUUCAAGCUCGCCUUCACGCAGCAAUUCAAAAACAAGGACAUCUCGGAAGGCGGCUCCAAAGGCAUUAUUCUGCUGAAUAAGGCGAAGACCCUCCCGGAGGCGCAGCUGCUCACACCCAUGGCCUUCAAGGCUUACGUUGACAACAUGUUGGAUCUUCUUCUCCCUCAUCACGAUGUUGUAGAUCUACUAGGCAUGUCAGAAGUGUGCUUCCUGGGGCCAGACGAAAACACCGGAACAGGCGGCUUGGUCGACUGGGCUGCCUUGCGGGCCAAAGAGAGGGGCGCUUGGUUUUGGAAGGCUUUCACUACAGGCAAAGCCCCCAGUAAGGGCGGCAUUCCUCACGAUGUUUUUGGCAUGACUACGGCCAGUGUAGAGACGUAUGUGCGAGGGAUUUAUGAGAAAUUGAAUCUGAAGGAAGAGGAGGUAACGCGUAUCCAGACGGGAGGGCCAGAUGGCGACUUGGGGUGCAACGCGCUACUGCAGACAAAGUCGAAAACCAUUGCAGUCGUCGACGGGUCUGGAGUUGUUUACGACCCAAGAGGCCUGGAUGCUGCAGAGUUGAAGCGUCUUGCUCAUCUGCGUUUCGAGGGGAAGCCGACGAGUGCAAUGCACUACAAUCCUGCUCUACUGUCUCCCGGCGGCUUUCAGGUUGACCAAGAAGCCCGAGACAUCACCUUGCCAGAUGGCACUCGCGUGGCGAGCGGCUUCGAGUUCAGGAACACAUUUCACCUUUCUUCAUAUGCGUCGGCGGACUUGUUUAAUCCUUGCGGGGGACGGCCAGCCUCAAUCACGCCUCAGAAUGUCGACAAACUGUUCGACCCCAAAACAGGGGAAAAGAAGUUCAAGUACAUUGUUGAGGGAGCAAAUGUCUUCAUCACCGAUGACGCCCGAAGAAUUCUGGAGGAUAGAGGCGUUAUUCUCUUUAAAGAUGCUUCGACAAAUAAGGGUGGCGUGACUUCGAGCAGCAUGGAAGUCCUUGCGGCAUUGGCGCUUACAGAGGAGGAAUUCAAUGAACACAUGCAGGUUCGUGACAUGAAAAAUCCUCCAAAAUUUUACCGGGAGUACGUCCAGGCAAUCCUAAAGAGGAUUCGAGAAAAUGCGAAACUUGAAUUCGAGGCACUUUGGAAUGAAGCCAAGCGAACUGGAAUGCAUCGGUGCGACCUAACGGAUAUUCUUUCCCAAAAGAUCAUCGAGCUGAAGCAGGACAUCGCCAAGUCCAACGCUCUGUGGCACGACGACGCUCUGGUGAAUUUCGUGCUGCAGACCGCAAUUCCCGAUAUUCUCGUCCCUGGGCUGAUCAGCGUUGAAACUUUCAGGCAGAGAGUGCCAGAGCCGUAUCAGAAAGCAAUUUUCACGACUUUUCUUGCUUCUCGGUUUUUUUACAAGCAACAGUUCACAGCUGACGUCUCGGCCUUCGCCUUCAUCGCCUACCUGGAUGAAAUCAAGGAACAGAUGGUGGCUGGAGCGGCGGCAGCUGCCGCCCCCGCUGCUACCCCUGCCGUUGCUGUUGCUGCGCGCGUCGCUGCGGAUGCAAGCGCGACGGCUGCUGCGGCUUGA